AUGACAAAUAGCGAUGAGGUUUCAUGGUGGACUCGGCGUCGGAGAGCAAUUGCCGAGGUUGAUGCAGAAUUGGCAGUACAUGCAGGCAGCUUGAUCAAUUUGUUUUCAUCGCAGGAAGAGUCUGAAACUAUUUUCCCUGGUGAUGAAGUCAUAAUAGCUGAUGACACCAACUGCGAGUCGGAGCAUAAUCUAACUCAUGAUUCUGUUGGCAUAACGUACUCUGACGGUGAAAGAAGUGAUAGUGAUCUCCUUUUGGGGGAUGAUGGGUGCCAGGUUCAGUAUCUUCCUUCACAUGAGUUGUCCCGUUCUUCGUCCCUAACCAGUCUAUAUUCAGAAGAUGAUGUUUCUAGUGACCACAUGUUCAGUGGCGAUUAUGAUCUGAAUUAUUUAGAUAAUGAAGAAACGCAUGACUCUAACGAGUUUCAGAUAUCUCAUUCUGCUCUUUCUGCAUUGCUUGGAAUUUUACAGUCGAAGCAUCCAAAUUUACCAAAGGAUCCACGCACUCUCCUGUCCACGCCUCCUGGUGUCUUAGUCCAUAAUGUUGCUGGUGGACAUUACCAUCACUUCGGGAUAAAAACAGGUGUUGUUUCCAAACUCAAUGGUUACCGAAGCGAAGUUGAAAAUAUGGCUUAUGUCAGUCUACAGAUUAAUAUUGAUGGCUUGCCAAUAUUUAAGAGUUCAGCAGGGCAGUUUUGGCCAAUUUUGGGCAUGAUUGAUAAUUUAUCGCAGAAGGAUCCGUUUGAAAUUGGAAUUUACUAUGGGACAUCAAAGCCAUCUUGUAAUGUUCAAUACCUCUCCUUUUUUAAAGAGGAGCUGAAUCAACUGGCUGAGACGGGCAUUGAUUGCUUUGGGAUCAAUUUCAGUGUCCGUAUUUCAGCACUGAUGUGUGAUGCACCUGCUCGAUCUUUUGUAAAGGGUAUUAAAGGCCACAGUGGAUACAAUUCGUGUGAAAGAUGCACUACUUCAGGAACUUGGUGUGGCAGAAUGACCUUCCCAAUUCUUGAUGCUCCCCUCAGAGAUGAUGCAAGUUUUGAUGCUCGGGAUGAUGAAGCCCACCACACUGGUUCUUCCCCGUUAAGUGGCUGUCUUAUUCCUUUGGGAAUGGUUAGCCAGGUACCUCUUGAUUAUAUGCACCUUGUUUGUUUGGGCGUUAUGAGACGUCUGUUAGUGCUGUGGUUGAAGGGUCCAAAAAAGCAGCGCAUUGGUGGAGCACAAUCUCGUGAAAUUUCUGGUCUCCUCGAAUCUCUCCGCAGUGAUGUGCCAUGUGAAUUUGCAAGGAAACCAAGGUCUCUCACUGAAAUAGACCGUUGGAAGGCCACAGAAUUCAGGCAGUUUUUACUUUACACAGGCCCAUUAGUACUAGCUCAAAGCAAACUUAAUGACAGUUUAUACAAACAUUUCUUGUUGUUGUCAAUUGCUAUGCGCAUUCUCCUGAGUCCUACAUGUUGUGCUGAUCCAGAAAUGAUAGAUUACUCAGAAGAACUUAUUCUCAAAUUUGUUGAAUAUUUUGGUCACCUUUAUGGAAAGGAAUUGUUGGUCUACAAUGUCCAUUGUCUAAUUCACCUCCCUCAAGAUGCGAGGGUGUUUGGCAGUCUUGACAACAUUUCAUGCUUUCCCUUUGAAAAUUUCCUUGGCAAGAUAAAAAAAUUGGUGCGCAAACCCUCUCAGCCACUUCAGCAAGUUGUCCACAGGCUCACUGAAAGGAAGACCGAGACUUCAGUGCUGGUCUCUGAUGUAGGUCCAAGGUGUAGAAAACUGCAUAUCUUUGGCUCAACCCCGAAUGCUAUACUUCAAGGGUUUCAGUACAAAGAAUUACAUCUCCCUUGUGGCGUUAUAUCAACAGCCAAAGGAGAUAACUGCAUUUUGGUCAAUGACAGAGUAGUCAUGGUAAAGAAUAUUGUGGUUUCAGAGGGAACAGAAUACGUUGUGUUUCAGAGGUUUAGACAUUCUGAUAAUUUCUUCAGCUACCCCCUUGAAUCUACAGAUCUUGGUAUUUGUCUUGUAUCCAUGUUAAACACUUCUCUAGAUUACACCCCAGUGGCAGACAUUCAGAGGAAAAUGGUCCUUCUUCCUCACUCUUCUAAAGGGAAUAAGGCUUCUUAUCUAGCUAUACCUUUGCUUCAUAAUUAA